AUGUUAAAUGAAAUUCCUGGAAUUAAAAAUGAGAGAAUAAAGCAAUUUGCACUUUGUUAUACUCUCUAUAUUAUGGUACAUUGCUGUAGAUCUACUUGGAGUUAUGCAUCUGGAUUGAUUAUUGAACAAAACAAGAUCGAAGGAUUUAGUCCUCAAUUUUUGGGAUAUGUCAAUUUUACAUUUCUAUUGUCAAUGGGAGUUUCAUACUUUUUGUAUAAAAUGUUAUUAUGAGGCUUGGUUAACUAGGUGAUAAGAUGAACCCAAAAUUAUUUGUUAUCCUUGGCACAUAUCCAUUAAGUGCAUUAUUUAUUAUCCUAGCCUUAAUUUUUGAAUUUACAACAGCCCCAAAAGAACUAUAUUUAGUAUUAUUGCUCUUAGCAGGCAUGUUUUCUUCAACUGCAUGGCCAGGCCUACUAUGUAAGAUGUCGUUAUUAUAUUUUUCAAGCAAUAAUGAAUGCAUGGAUGCCAAAAGAAUAAAAAGUUAUUAUUCUUGGUCUUUUUGCCUCUUGCAUUAAUGUAGGGAACAUAGCAGGUUUUGCUAACUCUGGAAUCACCAUAGAGAUAUGCGAUCUCAGCAUUUUAACCCCAAUAUAUAUAAGUGGAGGAUUGUUAUUUUUCAUGACCAUUAUGUUCCACAUAUUCAUCAAACCAAGACCUUCUAUUGUAUCUGAACAUAUAAUAUCGGAUACUUCAUAAGAACCGUAGGUGAGCAAAGAAGUUGUGGGAGUAAAGAAAUUGAAAAUUUGGAAAGCUUGGUUACUGCCAGGAGUGGCAAUUUAUGCGUUGGCAUUCGGGUGCAUUAAAGCGAUUUCAAUGAUUGUUGGAUUGUGGUUACCUGCUUAUUUAGACUAUCUUCACGUAUCAUUUGUGGCUUUAAUCAAUAUAAUGCUCGAUUUAGGAGCUGGAUUUGGAGGCGUAAUAGUUUGGUAUGACAAAGAAAUUAAUUAUUAGCUAUUUAGGAGUCAAAUAUUAAAAAAGGGCUACAAUUAUUGUUCCAUUAUUAUGGCUAGGAACCAUUUUAAUGGUGGCUAUAAAUUUCUUAAAAGAUUAUGAUAAUCCAUUUGGAGGAUAUAUGGCUCUUAAUUUUGGUGUUGGCUUGUUUAUUGGAGGAUGCUAUAAUAAUGUGGCUGCUGCCAUUGCUGUAGAACUCAGCAACAAUAAAGCUUUAAAAAGUAAUUAUAAUAAAGGUUAUUUUUUAGAAUACAAGCAUGCUACAUCAACUGUAACUUCAUUAAUAAUGGGAUAUGGCACUCUCUUUGGAGCUUUGAAUCAAAUAGUUGUUCCAUAUGUCAAAGAUUACCUCUUUCUUUAUUGUGGUAUUUUAGCUGUGAUAGGAGGAUUGUUGUUAAUAGUUGUAAUAUUGACAGAAUGGAAAGUGGAUGAUGAACCGGAUAAGCUAAACAAAGAAAUAGAAAUGCAUUGA